GAGAAGCGGCUGGUAGGGGCGUCUGCGCGGACGAACGGAAGUGUAGGUGACGGUCUGAGACAUCGCCGCCAAGCUGGGAACCGGGGAGAUGGCCGAGACUGACCCCAAGACGGUGCAGGAUCUCACCUCGGUGGUGCAGACGCUCCUGCAGCAGAUGCAAGACAAAUUCCAGACCAUGUCCGACCAGAUCAUCGGGAGAAUCGAUGACAUGAGCAGCCGCAUCGACGACCUGGAGAAGAACAUCGCGGACCUCAUGACGCAGGCUGGGGUGGAGGAGCCGGAGGGGGAGAGCAAGACGCCCGCCCCGCAGAAGAGCUGAGGUCACCGGGAGCCACACUGAAGUCUGCAACACCGGAUGUUUCAAGCUGAGAGAAGACCGAGUGGCUUUCGCAGCUAGCUGCUGUGUGUAGACAGGUUUAACGUAACCGUGUGCACUCUCACCACUUGCCGUGUAGUUAGGUUAGCGUGAGGCCCGCCCCGCCCCGCCCCGCCCCGCAGUUUCUUAAAUACGGCAUCCUCGCCUCUUGGAACUUGGUUAGUUGUGCUCUUCAUUAUUAAACACUAGAACUUCGGCGGUUCCAGCAUACAGUUGUCCAUUUUUAGUGUGUUCUGUGGAGUCCUCUCUUCCCUCCAUUCCUUUUGUAGUAGUUGUGCUGUUGAUAAAAGUUGCCGUGGGAUUUUUUUAUUAGACAGAUUGUGACACUGUUGGACUUGGUGACAUACAGUAUUUGUCGGAUUUAGGAUUAAGUCUCACACAGUGUGUUGGUGAUACUCUCCAAAUGACUGGAAACUUUUAAAAGUUCUUCAGAGAUCACUCACUGCUCUGCUGCCCAGGUUGGCAUUGCUGUCCUUCGAGGGCUCGGUCCCUGAGAUGACACGCUGCAGUCACUGAAAAGAGCUUUUAAAAUUUUAUUAGAACUUUUAAAAUGCAGAAAGUCACAGAAUAUAGCCUGAUUCUAGGAGGUGUGUGUUAGAGUUUUGCAUGAGGUUCUGAUUCAUGUGCAGUGAUGACCACAAAAAAUCUGGCAGGAUUUUCAACCCGGUCACUCCAUCCCCUCUGGUUCAGGGUGAGGAGAGAGGCCAGGUAGGCUGUGCGCCAGUGGCUCGGCUGGGACAGAAGUGGCCGGCGGCAGGCUCCAGGUGUUAACAAGUCUUACUUUGUGAUUUAAGCUAAGAGAGCAGCAAGUGGAUUGGUUUCAGAAAACGGGGCAAUGGCUGUUGUCACUCAGUGCAGUGCGGGAGGGAGGCCUCGAGGGUGACCCCGCAGUGGCCCCGCACGGCGGGCGCACAAGUUCAGCGGUGCUACAGGGCUCCCAGGGAGCCCGAACGAAAACAGUGCGCUUCGGGCUCCAGCUGCCCGCGUCACCGUCGUUACUGUCUGUAUCUUAAAGAUGUACUUACAUUGAGAGAAAAGUCCUGUUCAUGAGCUGUGCAGGGGAUGCGGGAGUCUGGUCACAGGCUGUGCUGUGCGGCUGCGUGUCCUGCUCACGUGGGCCGGGCAUGUCCGAGCCUGGGACUGGCCCCUGGAGAGGGUAGGGCUUGCUGUGGGGGGUCAGGAUUUCCGGGUAGUUGGCUUCCUUGUGUCGCAGUGACUUCAAAGGCAGGCUGCUCGGAGCAGUGAAUAAAGGUGCCUGAAAUCCUGCCACCAGCG